CGCGCUUUGGGGCAGCUAGAGCUCGCAGCGGAGCUCCGCGCUUUGGGGCAGCUCGUUCCCACGCGCCACGCUGGCCAUCGUCUUACCCUUUGCCAUGCCACACCACGUCGCGAGCGCGCUCGCACUGACCUACGUUCUCGUCGCCCGGCCACCGUUGGCGUGCCGUACAAUGCGGGCGCCGCCACUGCGCGCCGGCCUCUUUGAGCGCAUGAGCCGCGGCGGCGGCGGCGAGGGCGAGGAGGGUGGCGCCGCCGCCGACGCAUGGGAGGAGGCGCUGACGGGCAGCGAGCUCUCGCGGCCGUCGAACCGCUUCUACGACGCUGUGACAAACAUCUCGGCGCCGGAGCUCAUCGGAAGCUUCGCCGAGACGGCUCCGCCCGAGGUGCAGCAGGCGGUGCGCUCGACGGUGGUCUCGCUGCUGGGCAAUCUGCCGCCGCAGCUCUACGACACCUCCGUCGCCUCCACCGGCCAGAACGUCGCCUCUCUCAUGUACUCGAUGCAGCUGACCGGUUACAUGUUCCGAAACGCAGAGUACCGCCGCUCGCUGGUCGAGUCGCUGCAGCGGGACGGAGGUGACUCAGCGGUGCUACCGCCGGUGGACGAGGCGGGCGCGGCGCUUCCGGAGGUGUCUGGCCUCAUCAAGGUGAAGCUCGGUGAGGGGACGGAGGUGGAGGUGGAGGCGGCAGCGUACAUGAGCGAGCUGCGCUCCGAGGUCUCUCGGCGACAUCUCGGCGACAUCUCGGUCGAGGCGAUGCGGGGCGAGCUGAUGCGGACGCGCGAGACGACGCGCGAGGCGCAGGGGGGCGGGCUGCUCGCGUACAUCCAGUCGCUCGGCCGCGACAACCUGCAGUCGCUGACGUCGUCAAUCUCGCAGGAGGUGCUCGAUGCGAUGCGGCUCCUCAUCGAGUCGAUCUUGCGCGAGGCGGACGUCGGCGGCGACACCUUCAUGGAGACGCCGGGCGUCAAGCUGCGCGAGCUGCUAGUCUGGCAGCUCGUCACCGGCUACCGGCUGCGCGAGCUCGAGGCGCGGGAGGAGCUCAACCGGGCGCUGACGGGAGAGCCGGAGUGACGGCGUGUGGGCAAGAGGUGGGAUGCCUACACUUCCCCGUCCCUCUCUCAAGCCCUCUCUAGUACACGCGGGUUGUCGGUUGUUGCGCCCCCCGCUAGAUCCGGUAGGUAGCCGCGAGCGUCGGAAGACGGGCUGCGCCGCCACAUAGGAAAAGUCAUGGAAACAAAAAGAGUGCGGGUGUC